CACCGUGAAAGUUUAUCAUCUACACAAUUUCCGAUAGAGGUCGCUAUAAAAAAAUACAAGAAAGUAGAAUAUCGAUUGUAUUACUUUUAGGAAUAUUAUGCUUAUUACUAGCAUUUGUACAAGUUGCCCUUUGAUAUGAUGGCAGCGAGUUGAAGAUGUUUUCUGUGCGGAUAGUGAGCACAGAUCACUACAUGGCCACCCCUGUGAGGGGCCUGGACGCCAUGUAUGCUGAUCAACGUGGAUCUGAAGUCAAGAAAGUGCCAAUAGUCAGAAUAUUUGGAUCAACGCCUGCUGGCCAGAAGACCUGCAUGCACGUCCAUGGGGUGUUUCCCUACCUUUAUGUGCCGUACGAUGGAACACUGCCCUGGGACCGCUACCUGCGCCAGUUCGCAUCCAGCCUGGACAAGGCUAUCAAUGUGGCCCAGGGCUACGGACAGUCCAACCUUCAGCAUGUAUACAAGAUUGUUCUGGUGACUGGGAGAUCAAUGUACGGGUACCACGAUGCGGAUCAAGAGUUCUUGAAAAUCUACCUGUACAAUCCCAUCAUGAUCAGAAAAGCUGCUGAUCUGCUGCUAGGUGGUGCGGUAUUUAACAAGCCCUUCCAGCCCCAUGAGGCACAUAUCCCCUACACUCUACAGUUGUUCAUUGAUUAUAACCUGUAUGGAAUGAACAUGAUCAACGUUGGAGCCGUGAAAUUUAGGAGGAAAAGGGACACUGAAGCAGACGCGGUCAUCCUUAGCCAGGGCUCUGAAAAAGGGCAUGGGUUUCUUCCAAAGACGCCGGUUUCCUUCACCGGCCUUCUGAAUAGGUCAGGGUCCGUUACUCCCUCACAACAGCUCUGGGACUUUGAAAAUAUUCCAAGUGAGAUGUUGCUUGACCAUGCUGUGGAGAGACUGACCACAUGUGAGUUAGAGGUGGACGUCGUAGCAGCAGACAUCCUCAAUCGUCAAGAAGUAGUCGGUAAGUAACAGGCAACUGAUCUGCAGGACCCCAGUCAUCUGCCCAUUCUUUAACACUUUGGAAGUUAAACUUUACCAAAAUAAAUAGAAAAAUUAUUGUGCAUUGAAUAUGCUGAAUUUCA